UCGAUUGGUUCCCCGCCGGGCGCUCCUCGGCCCUAUCCGCGCGCGCGCUGGAUUCCUGGAAUACUGCAUUUCGUGCUACACAUUUUAUUUUUCUUUCCGUUUGCUCUAUUGGGUCUCAAUUUAGUUGUACUAUUGAGUUUGGAUAAGUGGGGCUUGAGUCCAGAUCGACGGGAAUUUGUUCAAAUUUGAACCAAAUCCCAGAAAUUCCUCGGGCAAACCCCUUUUCCAAACAAACUCCUGUGAGUAUAUGCUAGUAAAUUUGUGUCUGUUAGCACAUAAGAGCUGCAACAGUAUUUGCAGAUAGAUGUAUUUGGGUGAUGUUUUCAGUCAAUUUGUGAGCCUUGUGCUGUGGUUAACUCAAGUGACCAUAAGACUUUGAAACUUGAGUCGAGAUUCUAACAACUUUGUUCAUUUAGGGCGCAAUGUUGACAAGCAGGGGAACAAAAAGAAAGAUGGAGAAAAACUGCAGAUGUACAGGGCGCCGCUACAUGGAUCGUGCAACGGGAAGCGGUUGCUGCUAAUGUCUUGCACCUGCUUCGAUCCAGCAUGCCACUUCAUUCCUGACGUGAUAUAGGCUGUCAGCUUUGCUUGCAGGAUCAUAUACCUUCCGUUGCCCGCUCUAAUGCAAACCUUCCGGUGCCUUUGCUUCACUGAUCGACAAGCCAGACAGGUAUCAGAAGUGGCACACGUCUCGAGCGCCUAGCCGAAGCCCGAACGUAGCAGGCCCAGUGCUCCCGGAGGUGCGCAUCGUGACGGCGGACAAGUGAUGAAUUCAAGAACCCCAAAUCCAUGCCCACGAACGAAAAAUCACAGGCACGACUACGGACGGCCGCUGCCGUACGCCACCAUCGCCGUACGCCCGUACUACUUCUACGUGCAACUCAACUGAUGCCAGCCCGGUCACGAAGAAUUGGAGCGGAGCAUCCAAUGGUGAAUCGUGGCAAGUCGGCAGGUACACGUGAGUUAACAGUCGUUAACUUGUGCGCGCGUCGGCAACCUCGGCAUCCCAGCAAAGCCCACACGUCCGGCUUGUGCUCCUCUCUUGUGUCGACACGGGCACCGCCCGCCCGUCUCCCCGCAUCGGCGAAGCCGGCUCGCCACACGCCGCCCACGCGUCCUUCCCCCUCCUAUACCGCGCGCCUCUUGCGUCUCCCCUCCGCUACACCGACGGCCGUCCGCCCAUUGCCGUAGCCCCCUCCGAAGCAGCCGCGGUCGGCACCCGCCGGCCUGACCCGCCCCGAAGCAUGCGGCGAGACGCGGCCGCCGAGCCCACGGCGGCCGGCGCCUCGCCGCCGGUCGCCGCCGCUUCCGCCGUCCCGACGGAUGCUGUGGUUAUCGACGUCGAGAGCGCGCCGCAGUCGGCGGAGGCCCCCGGGGUGGGAUGCCGGAUCUGCCACCUCGGCCCCGAGGGCGACGGGUCGGCGGCGCCAGGGUCGGAGGUGAUCCGGCUAGGCUGCGGCUGCAAGGACGAGCUCGGUGCCGCGCACCGGCAAUGCGCCGAGGCGUGGUUUAGGAUCAAGGGCGAUAGGCGCUGUGAAAUAUGUGGUUCAGAUGCCAAAAACAUUACUGGGUUGGAAGUGACAAAAUUCAUGGAGGAAUGGCAUGGCCAAAGAGUGGCAAGCAGCCAAACUAUGGAAGAGAGGGAGAGUCAUUGUUGGAGACAACAGCCCUUUUGUAAUUUCUUGCUAGCAAGCUUACUGAUUGUCUUCAUGCUACCCUGGUUUCUUCGUGUAAAUAUGUUCUAGUUUUGCUGCCACUACUGGGUCAUGUGGAAUCACAAUUUGUCAACUCGUCUAUCAUCCAAGUAUGGAUUGUGUACAUAUUUAUAGGCAGAAUCACAUCACAGCUCCUGAAAUAUAUAUUUUUUAAAUUUCCCA